UAGAGUAGAUUAGGAGAGCCAUCAACAAUGGAGCGACACGACAGCGAGAAACACAGCGAACCACCCAGCAAACGAUCCAAACUGGACUUGCAAAGUUUGGACAUAACCGAGACGGACAUAACAGGUCCGUGGUUUCAAGAUUUCAUAUCGGAAGAAAAAAGCAGCAUCCAGCCUCAACUGGUUCACGGCACGGUGACUACCGAUCCCACAGUCGGGGGUUCAAAUCCUGACAGGGGAUUCCGAGUUUUGGACGAAUUUGUCACGGACGACUUCGAUGACUUUGAAGAGGGUAUGUCUUCCCAGCAAAUUGACGAAGAUGAUGAUGACUUAUUUGAUGAUGAUGAUGAUGAUGAUGACAAUGAUGAUGACACGGACAGUCUUGGCAGUGAGAUUGACGCACUCCUCGACGAGGGACUUCCUGAGAUGUACAAUAAGGAGCCAAAGAGGAAGAGAGGAGGACAGGUCCCGGAGGCGAACGCAGGAGCAAGCAGAGAAACAGACAAAUCCUUGCCAGAGGGAGUUGUUGGCGUGAGAACCAAAACUAUUCUACGGAGACGAGGCCAGACCCCAUUGGAGGGUCUACCAGACGGUUGGAUCUCAAUUAUCCACGAGUGUGGUAUGCCGCUGUACCUCCAUCGACCAAGCAGAGUCUGUACGUGGUCUAGACCAUACCUGCUGGGGGCUGGUAGUGCUAGGAAACACAGACCACCUUUGGCAAGCAUACCCUGCCUCCACUAUAAACGAGAAAAAGACAAGGAGACUGUCUCUGAACAUGACAUCGCACAAGCCAAUGCAGACGAGGCACCAGACAUGAAGAAAGAGACUACCAAUGACACAUCGACGGAUGAUCCGACAGAGAGUAAAGAUGGCGAGAACACUUUACCUGAAACAAAGAAACAUGAUCCUUUACAGAGUCACAACAUUCACAUAUGCAAGGACGAAUCAGUUAGUGAAACCGAAAUGAAGGAGUAUCUGGAAAAGCUUUUUGACUUUGAAGUGGUCUCAAUAAACAAAUUCAAAACGUGGGCCGACAGAAGAAAAUACACCAAAGAAGUCAAAGCCAAACAUGAAACGCUCAACAGACCUCAGUUUCCUGGUCAUCCUGCUGUGAUAACUUGCAAAAUACCGGGAAACCAGAAAGACGGAAAGAAAGAAUUUGUCCUAAACACCACCAACAAGACGCCAGUGUGUAUCCUCCACGAGUACGCACAGAUCGUCUUGAAGACGCAACCCACGUACACAUUUGAUGACAGUGGAAACGCCAACUGUCCAUUCCAGGCCUACGUUGUGAUUCACGGGACAAAGUACGGCAAAGGACAAGCGAAGAGCAAGAAAGAAGCCAAGAUGGAAGCAGCUCGGGCAACUUUGGAGAUCUUAAUUCCGGGGGUAGUGCUGAAUGACGUCACCAAAAAGACCGGCAAGGAUCAAGAUUCAGACCAGCUGGAGUAUUUUGACCAUGUUGCCAUCACCGACAGCCGAGUCUACGACCUGUGCACCAAGUCCGGCCAACUCACACCCUUCCAAGUUCUUGGGGAGUACAGACAAAGAAAUCACGGUAUGGAAGCAAUGAACUUUAACUAUCAAGUCAAGAUUACCAACCAUCACAAGAGAGAGUACACGAUGAUACUUGGUGAACACACAGUCACGGGAUUCUGUAAGAACAAGAAGGUUGGCAAGCAGCAGGGAGCGCAGCAGCUUCUGCAGCUUCUCCAUCCACAUGUUGACAACUGGGGAGGCAUCAUCAAGAUAUAUGGUAAAGGCACCGUCUCCAGAAACAUGAAGAAAAAGGAAGCUGAGCAGAGCAUCAUCCGAUUGCAGGCCAAGUGUGAGAACGCCCCCAACGAGGCCAUCCUGAAGAAACUCAGAGAAGAAAUGAUUUCAUUUUACGACAAGAAGAAAGAAGAGAUUGCAGAUGGAGAAAUACAAACCAGUCAUGCCAGUGAGAAGAUCUUGGACCUAAUUUCAGAUGAGGUUCCCUCCUUGGAAAUGACAACAAUCCUCGCUGAAUAAAACACUCAUUCAUUGCCAUCUUGCCAAAUAAUUAAUUGUCACAAUAUUUAGUAAAGGCUCACUUAUUACUUCAGUUCAGGGCAAAUACAUGUCGAAAUGAGGAAUCUUCCCCACCCUGUACAGUAUUGCAAAUCAUUUGUCACAGGACUUUGCUUAGUCCUCAUCUUGACUUGCGUCUUGGGGAUACGUGCAUCUCAAAAUGAGGAAUAUCUAACUUGUUCAUUUUGCACAUUGAUGACCAUUUUAGUAUCCUGUUCUUAAACAUGAAUGUUAACUCCAGAUUUCACAUCUAAAAACCCAUGAUAUUCUGGUAGUGGGAUGUUAAGGUGUAUGGCAUAAUCUGGGAUAUCCUUAGAAUUGUAAAGAAUCAAUUAAAUCCCGAAAAUCAACUUAAUGUAUUAUUCUUUUGAUUUUUUUAGUUGUUGGGGCAUUAAUAAUGUCAGAACAAGAUGAAACAGGGUACAGGAUAUUUCCAUUUUGAAGAACUUGAUAAUUUUUUAUUCCUUAGUUGGGGAAAAAAAAUACUAUUGACUUUAAUAGUGCCAUUUUGCAUACCAAAGAAACGUUGAUUCUCUCUUUAAGAGAGUGAUGUUUUGGAAAAAUAAUGCCCUUUUGUUAUAUAUAUUGCCUAUUAUAUCUGCCCGAUUACUUGGACAAGGAUUUUGUUCUUUUUUUUUUCAAGGCUUAUAGGGUUAUUUUGUAUUUGAUGUAUUCAAAACAAUAUUAAAAUUCUUAUUUGGUAAGUUGCAAAUCUUUGUGGAAGUUAAAAAUAUUGUAACUUGCCGUGUAGGCCUAUUGCCGUGAGAAAAUUACAUUAAGUAACGGUGCUGCGUGAUGCGAGAUUGAGAGACUUUUUCCAUUCAAUGUAAAAUUGUCAGUUUAUGUCCCUAAUAAGCUCGCAUGGUUGUUAAAUCAAACAUUAUUUAUUAGUAUUGUAUUGUACUGUACAGUAAUAAUUUCAACACAAUAUUGGAAAUAUUUAAAAACUGGGGUAUGAAAGAAACAACCAAAAGAAUUCAAGCAAUAAUGAAUAUGAGUCAAUGAAAUAAAUUAACACACUUACGAACAUUAACAAAAAUUGGUCAAACACAAUGAAAUUUACUUUGUUCAAAUACAGGUUUAUUAAUUCAAUUUUGAACCUCUAGGAAACUGAAGAAACAGUCAAUAUUUAAUAGAAAACUUUGUGCAAUUUUGUUUGCAAGACAUAAAUUCAAAUAUUUUACAUUGCUGUGUAGCACAACGAUGAUCAUUUUGUACACACUAACAAAUAUACUAUGCGUUUAAACAAUUACACAGAUAAAUUCGGAAACCUGGCAAGAAAAUUCAGUUACUUGGGUAAUCAGAGAUUAACCCUUCAUCAAAAAGAAAGAAAGAAUUGAACCAUAAAAAGAGGUUCUGCUUUCCAAAUGUACAGUAAAAUGUCACUAAAAUACUUGAAUGUAAGACUUAAAAAGGAUUCCAUGAUGGAGAAUCAGUGAAAAGGAAUUUUUGCCGUAGUAUUCUGUUUUUGUUUUUUGAAGGGGGGGGGGCUUGGCUCUUAGAGGAACCAGUUUAGCCAAGAAGAGUUGCAGAGUACUUUGCUCAAAAUGAUGGGUUAACCGUUCCUAGAACCAAACAACUUUAAA